AUGUCUAAACGGAAACAGCCCAAUCCCACCCCCGAGUCCUUCGCCGAAGUCACAACCCCCUCGAAGCGCCGCCGGAAAACUACAGUCGAAGCCGAAGCACCCCCCAACGGACAUUACGAGGGCAGUUCAGAGGAAACACCUUCAAGGAGAAAAAGAAAAUCUGCCGUCCAUGGCCUACAGGACGAGGAGGAUCAAGACGAGGGCAGUCCCACCCCGAAACCAAAUGGUCGCGCCUCGUUCUCAACUCCCACUCGAGCCAAAGGUCGCCCACUCGCUGCUACACCCUCAAAGUCUGCAAGGGCAAAGGCGGAUAGGUCUGCCAAGAGGAAGAGUGCCCGACUACUCGCUGAGGCACAGGACCUUGAUGACGACGACGACAACCCGGACGGGCAAGAUGCACGCUUGGCGCGGGAAAUACUCGACGAGGUUGAGGGACAAGACGAGGAAGAUAUCGACGGAGGUGGACUAGGCCAGGAUGUCGACGAGCUCAUCGCGAAAGGGGACGAGGCGGCCACACCAUCGAAGAAGACGCCCGGCAAACGAGGGAGACCCAAGGGCUCAAAGUCCAGGAGAUCGCCCACGCCUGAGGGCGACAUCCCUCCGGAAGAACGAUACUUUUAUCAAAACCGCCUUGGGCCCCCUCAAGUCUCGAGCAACAAGUUCAACUCGGUCAAAUUGCUCACGCACGACGAAUAUUUCGAGCACAUCUCGUCAUGGAGGGACCCUCACGACCCCGAAAAGGCCUUUCUGAUGAGACUGCACGCCCGGUCCUUUCCACAAUGGCGCUUCGAACUUGCUGAGGGGUUUGGUCUAUGUCUGUAUGGCUACGGCAGCAAACAACCUCUAGUCAAGCAGUUCGCAGAGUAUAUGUACAAGAAAUGCCAUCAUCCGCCUCCUCGUAUUGUCGUUGUCAACGGCUACCUUCCAAAACUCAACCCGCGAACAAUUCUCAACACUAUUGCCUCGGCCGUGGCCGAAACGGAGGAUGAGGCGAUCCGCCUGGUCGGCCAGCCAGAAGAAAUGCUCGACACCCUGCUCUCCCACCUGACAGACGCACCUCCAUCCUCGCAGCUACUCGUGAUGGUCAAUUCCAUCGACUCCCCUUCCCUCCGCCGGCCGUCUGUCCAGUCCCUCCUUUCCCGCCUGGCAGCUCACCCACACAUCUCCUUUCUCGCCACAUGCGACACACCCACCUUUCCGGCCAUGUGGAAUUCGACCCUCCUGGACCAAUUCAAAUUCGUGUUCCAUGACUGCACGACAUUCGCGCCUUACGCGGCCGAGAUAGGCAGUGUGGUAGACGAUGUCCACGAGCUCCUGGGUAGGAAGAGGAUGCGGGCCGGCGGGAAGGAAGGGAUCGGUUUUGUGCUGAAGAGCUUGCCGGAGAACGCUCGGAACCUGUAUCGCCUGCUGCUGGCCGAGAUACUGAGCAUUUUGGAGGAUGAUGGCGGCGCCGGUGCCGAAGAUGAUGAAGGCGAAGACGGUGACGAAGAAGGUGAUCUCCAAACGUCCCGGAAGAAAUCAAGAGGCAUGACGACGACGACAACAAUAACAACAACAAAAACAACAACGAAACCAACCACACUACCAAUAACAGCAGCCACACCAGACGAAGUCGGAAUCGAAUACCGCGCACUAUACCGCAAGGCGGCCGAGGAAUUCAUCUGUUCAAGCAGCAUGAACUUCCAAUUCCUCCUCAAGGAGUUCCUCGACCACCAGAUGAUGACGACCCGCAGAGACCCCGCCACCGGCGCCGAGAUGUUGGCCGUCCCGCUGGGCAGGGCCGAGAUGUUGGCUGUUUUGGAGGAGCUUGUAUGA